GAACGUUAGGAUUUUUAUUCCAAAUUUCUAACGGCAACUCCAACACAAAAACUAAAUAAACUCUUCAAAAAUUUUCCUCGCUAUCCUGAAUACGCAGCAGCCUCCAUUUAGCUAUCGAGAGGUCAAGAGAUCGAAGCCCUGCAAAGCGCAGGCGGCAAAAACAACAGUGCAAAACUCAGGUUUUGGAGCUUGGAAGAAAGACAUGGCUGGAGAUUGGGGUUUGGCUUUGAUAUAAAACAAUUUUUUUAAUUUUUACGAGGGCAAGCUGGUGUAUGGGUCCGCAAAGCCAAAGUGGUGGUCUAUUGCCAGUUAAGGGUAGUGAAGAGAGAUUGAAUUUGUUGCCAUGCAAAUUCCUUUUGGAGGGCAGACCUUCCAUUGUUAAUUUGGAGUACAUUUAAUUUCAAUUUUGGACAGAGUUCUGUGUAGGUGAAUUAAUAUUUGAGAGGGCUGGUGUUUGACUAUGCUGAGUAAGUGCAGCUGGAAAUGAGAAUUGAGGUGGCAAGGGGAAAGGGAAGGAGAGCAGGGAUGGAGGUGGAACAGGAACAGGGGUUAGUGCGGGCAGAGACAGGGAAAGUGGCAGCUGAAUUGGACAAGCCAGUAGUAGCAGUGGUGUUGAAGCCAAAGAAAGGAAGGCCAAGGAAGGGUAAAGAGCCCAUGUUGGAGCAGGGGCAGCAAAUAAGAUUGGAUCAUGGACAGGGAUUGGAACUAGGGAAAGAAGAAUUGGAAGGGGUAGGUGGGCAGAGAGAUGGUGAAAGUUGUGUUAAUAAUGAUAAAAGUAAUGGAGCUUCAUGUUCUUCUCAGUCAGCGGAGAGUCUUGACAGUCCUGUGAAGGGGUUGCCUCCAGUUAAAGGGCCAACAGGUGGUCCUCAAAGGCGUUCAUCCAAGGGAGGCUGGACAGAAGAAGAGGAUGAAAUUUUGAGGAGAGCUGUCCAGUGUUAUAACGGCAAAAAUUGGAAGAGGAUAGCCCAAUAUUUUCCAAACCGCACAGAUGUACAGUGCUUGCACCGGUGGCAGAAAGUUAUCAAUCCAAAUCUUAUUAAGGGACCAUGGACAAAAGAGGAAGAUAACAAGAUAGUUGAGCUUGUACACAAGUAUGGGGUGAAAAAGUGGUCUUUCAUUUCACAGUUUUUACCAGGUCGCAUUGGAAAACAGUGUCGUGAAAGGUGGUUUAAUCAUUUAAACCCAGAAAUUAAGAAAGAGGCAUGGUCACAAGAAGAAGAAUUGGCGCUCAUUCGUGCUCAUCAAGUAUAUGGUAACAAGUGGGCUGAAAUAGCAAAGUAUAUACCCGGAAGGACUGACAAUGCGAUAAAGAAUCAUUGGAACAGUUCAGCUAAAAGGAAGGUUCCUUCAUAUUUGGCAUCUGGUUUGCUUACAGAGCUUCCUGAUCUGGCUAGUUUCGAUUUAUCAUUGGUUUCUUAUUCAGGAGUUGAAGAGGCAUCUACUCCUGUUCAUGCAGCUGUGCCAGUCAUGGAAGAACGAUCCAAUUUCAAUUCAGGGUCAUCUUGUAAAGAUCAUAAUCUAUCAGGUUCAGUGGACAGGGCUUUAUCUACAGAGCAGCCAGGGCAGAAAAGGUCAGACAUGCAUAAAGAGACUUGGAAAUUUGCUAAUAGAUUAGACAAUUUGUUCAAUUCUACCAUCUCACCCAGCUCUAAGGCAGACAGUACUAUGUUGCUGAAAUCAGAGAGGGUGCUUCCAUUCACCUCUCAUCCCAUGCCUGAACCAUCAGUCUGUGCAUCAUCUUACCGAACAAGUGAGUUUUCAGAGAUUGGAACUAUUGGAACAGGGAAUGGCUGUUAUAUUAGCAGCCACAGAAAACGCACUGGUGCUGUCAAAAUCUCUGGUAAGGUUGCACCACUAUCUGCUGCAGAAUGUAGGACAUCAACUUCAUAUGCAUGCCAACCGUCAAGAUGUAUGGAGCCAGAUUUAAGCCCCUCUACUAUUUGCACAUCAAAUGUUGCAAUUCAUGGUCUGAUGAUUAACAUGCAGGAGAUGAGGACAGGAAAUUUUCCUUCAGGAGCAUCUGCUGUAAAUGGAAUAGGUGCAUUAGAUAUGAAGUCUACUUGUUGUCUUGUUCAGGAGAAGUCUCCGAAUUCUAAUUCUUCACGCUAUGAGCUACCUAAACUAUGUAAUGGUGCUGCUUCAUUUAUCACUUCUGAUGCUGUAAGUGCACCUGGCUGUACUUGCCAGGCAUGUAGUUUGUUUGAUGCUCAACAGAUGGAGAUAUCAAGCAACAAUUCAAUUCGAUUCUGUCCAUCACGUUCCAUAAAUGAGAAAGAGCCAGAAGUGGUGUUAAGAAAUGCAGCAAAGAGCUUUACAAGCACUCCUUCCAUUUUGAGAAAAAGACCACGUUAUGCAUCAGCUUCUUUGCAAAUAGCUAAUAAUGAGAAAAAGGCAGGUAAUUUGAAAGAGAGUGAGAGUUUUUGCUCAUCUAAUGGCUUGGUAGCCUCUCAAGAUGAACAAUUAAAAAAUUGCAGCAAUGAAAAUAAUGUCAGUGGUGUGUCUUUAUUAUCCAAUGGGAAGGAUACUGGCAUCACUCAAGCAAAUUGUAUUAAAAAAUGGAGUUCAUCAGUUGUAAAAUUGGCAGAAAAUCAAGUUGGUUGUCCUGAAUUAUCAGAACAUAUAGAAUGUGGCAAAGGUGAUGGUAUUCUUAUACAUACUGUCAGAGAUUUAGAUCCACAUAAGGAGCAAACAAAUGGGGAGAUAAUGCGUGAGAAUGAAAUAGAGGUACUUGCUUUGCUAAAUGGUGAUGCAUUGAACAAGACAGAGAAACCAACUCCACUACAAAAUUUACAAACCUCUGAAGUCCUUGAACAGAAUUUGAAAGGCCAGAAAUAUUGCUGUACAGGUGAAGAAAAGGCUGUAAAAAUUGGCUUUUUGAAUGACUCAAUGAUGAGUUCUAGUCCCCUUUCUAGAACAGAAGUAGAUGUUUCUGAUAAAUCGGUAGAAGUUGAAGUUGAUCUUGAACAUACUCCAUCAAAUUUGUGUGGAAACAAGGAUUCAGGAGCAGCUAUGAUGACAUCAAUGACUCAGACUUCUAUGACCACAAUUUCUUCAAGUGCUGUUGAUCAUGUGUUCAAUAACAAUUCACAAAAUGGAAUUUCUGAUCUUGACAAAUGUAGUGGGAGAAGAGCCUUUACUCAUAGGAGGACGAUGAAGAAACAUGAUUUAGUGAGGGAUAAAGCAAAUUUUGACAGUGAUCUUGGAUCCCCUAUUAUAUCAAAGUCAUCUACUUGUGACACUUCUUUGUUGGUGCAAAUGUGCUCUUCAAAUCCAGUGAUUGAGGAAACAGGAUUAUCUGUAGAGGUGGAGGAGAAACUAAAUGGUGUAAUGCAAUCCAUGGGACAUCUAAAUGAUUAUGCUUCUUCAAGAUACAAGGAGACAGAAAAGGAUUUGAGCGCUGAACAUGAAAAUGAAAGUAAUUGUAAACGAAAUUUGUUUAUCUCCCUACAAAAUCUUGAUGGCGAAGAUCCUACACAAGCAGUUUAUCAACUGGUAACUAAAGCCAAGGCCAAGGUUGAGAUUUUAGAAGCAGAAAAUGCAGAGUUGACAGCAACCUUGAAAGCAUUGAAGGAACAAUUAUCGUCAUAUGAUGGGUUGAUUUUAUAUCCAACAUAUUCUAAGAAGUUGGCAGCUUAUCCUGUAUCUCAACAGCCUAUGCUAGAGCUAGCUAUGAAAGCUAAUUUCUACAAGAGUCGGCAUGAAAUACAACAAAAGACUAAGGCAGCCAUGGCAGUAGCAACUGGAAGACCAAUUGAUAAAUCUGAAGAGGAUUCGUCACAGAUGCAAUAAAUAAUAAAUGGAAAAUGGCGCAUGGCAAAUUCUUGUAAUGCAAAAUCCUAAUUCUGACAAUCUAUUUCAAUUGGAAUUUUUCCUUUCAUGCAGAAAAGAAUUCAGCAUGCCUGAUCGAGUGGGGUUCAAAGUCGAGAGGAGAAGAACUAAUUUAUUAGCUUAAAUACACAAAGUCUCUAGCUUUUCAGCAUAUCUAUGGAGAAUAGCUGCAACUCCAUUUGUGGUGGUCUCAAGAAUGCAACUAUUCGAAGCCUUUUAUACUGUAAGAUUAUAUGCCUUCGACAAGGCAUAGUCAAACCUUAAAAGCUUGAAAAAGCCUGGAUCUUUAUCCAUGUAUUAGUGUCACGUUUGUAUUCAUGGUCCUUUUUAGAUUGCACAAAGUAUGUUAUUGAUCGGUGCAAAUUUUGAUUAAAUUUGCUUUAUGUAUGACUUCUUGUAGAAUUGCUGGUUGAAUUUCAUUUAUCGGCUGUUAGAAAUAUACACUCCUAAUGACUUGUAGGAAAGUGAAUUUCCUACAGUUGUGUAAUAUCAUCAUUUUUUGUUAAGAAUCAUUAUUCUUUUAAUGUGUUCUUCAUUAUAAUGCUGCCA